AUGAUGCCGGGCGACGCGCGGACGAGCGAGCAGGCGGCGGCGCCGGCGGGUCACGUCAAUCGCGAGCCCAUGUCCCUGCAGCUCCAGGUGGAGGAGCUCCGGGGCCUGCUAUCGACGCACCAAGAGGUCAACGCGCACCUGAACAAGGAGGUGGAGCGCCUCACGGUCGCGCUGGAAGAGAGGGACGAGGAGAUCUUCGCGUACGCGCGGCACGUCCGCGACCUCGCUGAGCGCCUGGUCGACGCCCGCAGCGGCGCGCCUGCGCGACCGCGCGAGGACACUCUGCAGGAGCUGCUGCAGCCGCCGCCAAAGGACAGCCGUCGGGGGCCGGACCCGGCGGCCGACGCGGCGCGCGACGAGGUCCUGGUCAUCUGCCGCAGCUCGCUCGAGGCCGCGGGCCUGCUCCUGGACCAGGCUGACGUCACGUUGGGGGACGUGAUUGGCAGGGGCGCCUUUGGCGUCACGUACCGCGGGCGCUGGCGGGGUGCCGCGGUGGCCGUGAAGUGCGUCGAGGUGCCGGGGCGGUCCGAGGCGAUGAACUUGGCGCGCGAGCUGUCCGCUCUCAUGCACGGGCGGCACCCGUGCAUCCUGCCCAUGUACGGCGCCGUGGUCAGCCCCCCCGCGUCGUUCUGGAUGGUGACGGAGCUCAUGGAGGGCGGCACGGUGCGUGAGUGGCUCUACGGGAAGGGCGGCGGCGCGCCCGGGUCCGCCGCUCCGCCAAAACGCGCCCUGGGUGACCGUGUUGCGGUUGCUUGCGACAUCGCCUCUGGCAUCGCGCACCUGCACUCGCUGGACCCGCCCAUGAUGCACCGCGAUGUCAAGCCGAGCAACGCGUUCGUCGAUGCCCGCGGGCGCGCGUGUCUCGCGGACAUGGGGCUGGCGCGCAGAGUCGCACGCGACGGCGAACCGCUCACAGGCGAGACUGGCACAUAUGUGUACAUGGCGCCCGAGGUGUGGCGGCACGAGCCCUACUCGCAAGCGGUGGACGUGUUCUCGUUCGGGGUCCUCCUCGCGGAGCUGGCCACGCAGACACCGCCGUACAGCGGGAUGUACCUGUCGCCCGUGCAGAUUGCCACAUCGGUGGCAGACGGCGGCGCGCGCCCGCAGCCCCCGGACGCGCUGCCGCGUGCCUCGGCGCUGUGCAAGGCCUGCUGGGCGAGCGACCCCGCGGCGCGGCCGUCGAUGGACGAGGUGGCGAGGGAGAUGCCGGAGGUGCUGCGGGAGGCGCGCAAGGUGGAGGCGGAGGAGGCUGCACGGGCGCGCGGGACGCUGGUGGGGCGAGUGGCGAACCUGGCGUCGUCGGCGUGGGCGGGGGCGCUGGGACGCUGA